GUUGAAAAAGCAAAGCGCUAUACAUUUUUCUGGUUUUUCAUUGUAAUAAUAAUAAUAGUGUUUGCUACUGGCUAUUCUCUUUUCUUUAUCUCUCUAAAUCUUACUUUACAUUUUCAAGAAGUACAGUUGUUUUUCUUGGACCUCAAAAAACCCAACUUAGCUGUGCAAGAUUUCUACUUUUUUGGAAAGCUAUAAAGACCAUGUGGAAAGCCUAAUAUAUUGGUGGUUUCAAGAAGAAGAUUUUCUUGUACUUAGUGAGCUGAUCUGAGUGUUAUAUGCUUGAGAAUUCUAAAGUGUUUGGAUUUUUGCUGGAAAACAAUGUUAUGGGACCAGGUGUGGGAGUGUUCCUAAUAAUGCCAGAGUGCCCAAACUUAGUGCAAUUCUGAGUAACAGUUAUCACAGUUGUUCAUCAUGCCUCUCUCUGAGUUCUUGAAAAUGGCUAGAGGGAAGCUUGAAUCUGGCCAACAGGAGAUAUCAUCUUUUCCUGAGAAUGGCUUGGUUGAGCUUGUAUGGGAAAAUGGUCAUAUAAAGAAGAACCCUAUUCCUAAUAAUCUUCUGUCAAAUGCCUCGUGGGAUCGAGACAAGUACACUGGAAAUUCCUCAACCUCAAAGAUUGGGAAGUUUGGUCUGAUGGACUCUAUGUUGAAUGAUAUGCCAUUAUCUGUGCCCACUGAUGAAUUAGAUUUGAUUCAAGACGAUGAAGGGGUGCCUUGGUUAGGUUAUUCAGCAGAACAAGAUUAUUGUUCUCAAUUAUUACCUGAAAUAUCUGGUGUGACGGCAAAUGAACCAUCCGGACAGAGUGAGUUUGGUUUAAUAAAUAAGAGAGGUAGUUCUGAGAAGAUGAUUAGGGAUUCACAUAGUGUUCCUGUUCAUAAUGCUGUGAAUUUUGAGCAAAGAAAUACAUCAAAGGUUUCUCCUUCUUCCAGAUUUAGCCGGUUAACUUCAUUGGCACCCCAGUCAGGAGUUUCAGAUAUCUUGAGCAGUAAAAUUAGUAAUACUCCAGUUUCUGUUUAUGGGGGUUCGAGUCAAAGUCAAGCUUCAGCUGGUGAUGUUAAAAACAACAAAAUUCAAAAGCAAACUAUGCCUGGAAACUCCUCCAGUUUGUUGAACUUCUCACAUUUCUCAAGACCUGCUACAUUUGUUAAAGCAGCUAAGCUUCAAAAUAUUUCUGGCGCUCCAAAUGUCUCAUGUUCAUCUAACUUAGAAGCAAAGGGAAAUAAAGAAGGAGAAAAAGUGACAAUUGGAGACAAUCAUGUUAGUGCUGCAGCAGCUGAAAACUACUUAACUUCCAAGAAGGAAAAAGUCCUGCAUUAUCCAACAAAUGAUAGAUCAUGUCAUGUUGAACAGUCUGAUAAUGUAUUCAGAGAUUGUUCAAGUAAUAAUGACAACAACCAUGGUCAAUUUACUGGUGCAAAGGCUACCAAGGAUAUUGUCGACGGUGAGAGAAAUGUUGAACAUGGGGUUGUUUGCUCAUCUGUAUGCUCCGGUAGCAGUGCAGAGAGAGGAUCAAGUGAGCAGCCUACUCAUAAUCUAAAGAGGAAAACCCGAGAUAAUGAGGAGUCCGAAUGUCGAAGCGAAGAUGUUGAAGAAGAAGAAUCUGUUGGUAUUAAAAAAACUUGUCAUGCUAGAGGAGGUACAGGUUCAAAGAGAAGCCGAGCUGCAGAGGUGCAUAAUUUAUCUGAGCGGAGGCGAAGGGAUAGGAUUAACGAAAAGAUGCGUGCAUUACAGGAACUAAUACCAAACUGCAACAAGGCUGACAAAGCUUCAAUGCUUGAUGAAGCUAUUGAAUAUUUGAAGACACUUCAACUGCAAGUACAGAUAAUGUCUAUGGGAGCAGGGUUUUGCGUCCCACCAAUGAUGUUUCCUACAGGAGUGCAGCACAUGCAUGCUGCCCAUAUGCCACAUUUCUCCCCAAUGGGUUUAGGGAUGGGUAUGGGGAUGGGGAUGGGAUUUGGGAUGGGUAUGCUUGAGAUGAAUGGUAGAUUUCCAAUGCCCUCUGUGCAAGGAGGGCAUUUUCCCUCACCUCCUAUUCCUGCUUCCGCCGCUUAUCCAGGAGUAGCUGUAUCUAAUCGUCAUGCCUUUGCACAUCCUGGUCAAGGACGUCCAAUGCCAAUCCCUCGAACAUCUCUAGGUCCUUUGGCAGGGCAAUCAUCAACUGUCCCUUUGAAUGUUGCAAGGGCAGGAGUUCCAGUGGAGAUACCGAGUGCACCACCAACUGUGGAUUCCAAAAAUCCAGUACACAAGAACUCGCACAUAGUCCAUAAUGCUGAACCUAGCCGCCCACUAAAUCAGACAUGUAGUCAGGUACAAGCAACAAAUGAAGUUCUGGACAAAUCAGCGUCGGUGCAAAAAAAUGACCAACUCCCUGAUGUUAGUGAUAGUGCAACUAAUAACUUGACCAACCAAACAAAUGUGCCUGGAAAUGAAGCUGGUCCCAGUUUGUAAUCACAACUUUGUGUUCUGAUCAAUGACGGUUUGAUUUUCAUCUAAUGGAAAAGUCAUUUUCUCACUCAGAAGGUAUCUCCUUUUAACUCUAACCGGUGCAGUUCUGAGAAUCUAAUUGUUACUGGAGAUAACUGGAAGAGUUUCAGAAUGAAGCUGGUUUUGCAACUGCCAUCGGAAUGUAGACAAAUGCACAGGUUUUGGUAAUGUAAAGAGAGACCAUAAUUUUCUCCUUCAAAUGUACAUCAAAGAUAUCUAAAAGCAGUUGGGAGCAGACUUCUUCCCGCCCUCCCCACAAGGAUCAAGUUUUGGCAUCUCAAAUGUGUAAUGUGUACCAGACACGUCAACGUUCUUCAAAUAAUAAAAUAGCAAAAGUAUUUUUCAUUUA